AUGGCCAACUUCAGCAAGCCCGCGAGCAUGAUGACUAUGCUAGUCGCCCUUUUGUCCAUUUUGCAGUUCACUGUCGCUUUCCAGCAUGGCUCGCACCACCACGCCCACCCUGCUCGCCACGCAGACUCUGCCAUUGAGGCUCACAUCAACGAGAUCGAGGGUGAGCUAACCAAGCGUCAGUCGCAGCAAGGGUUCAUAACCAUCACUGGUGUGUGCAGCUCCGGUACUGCAUCCAACGGCCAGUGCAAUGGCGGCAACACUGCUGCGCCCCGUCUCGAGCUCCGUACUUUGGCGCGCAACGCCGACCAGUGGAACUUGUACCUCCUGGGUAUGGAGAGGUUCAUGGCCAAGGACAAGAACGACAGGCUUUCGUACUACCAGGUUUCUGGUGUCCACGGUCGUCCUUUCCAAACCUGGAACAAUUUCCCCACGCCUCUCAUGAACCAGGCUGGUUUCUGCCCUCACGCGCAGGCUCUCUUCGGUUCCUGGCAUAGGCCUUACCUUGCCAUCUACGAGCAAGCAUGGUACCAGAGCGUCUUGGAAGUCAUUGCUACUUUCCCAUCCAACCAGCAGCAGCGAUGGAGGAACGCCGCGGCCACUCUCCGUAUGCCUUACUGGGAUUGGGCCAUGGACCCAGGACAAGGUGGCGCCACCGUUCCUACUCAGAUGCGUGACCAGACUGUUACCGUGACCAAGCCUCAGGGAACUGUCACCAUCAACAACCCCCUGUACAAGUACACCUUUGGCAACACGCUUCCAUCUGAGAUGGGUGGAGGCCCAUGGAACAACUUCCCUGAGACGCUCCGUCGCCCGGUUGCUAACCCCACCCGCAGCAACAACAACGAAAUGAACGCCCGCUUCAACGCUAUGCGCGUCUCUCUUCGUGACCGUGUCUUUGCUUUGUUCUCCAGCAAGGCCAACUGGGGUGCUGCUAGCACUUCCGCUAUCGGUGUCCGCACUGACCUGAGCGGCGGCGGUGUUGACAGCUUCGAAUCCGUUCACGAUGCCAUCCACAACACUGCUGGUGGUGAGAGUGGAGGACACAUGUACUACCUCGAUGUCUCGGCUUUCGACCCCCUCUUCUGGCUCCACCACACCAAUGUUGACCGUCUGCUCGCCAUGUACCAGCUCAUCACCCCCAACACCUACGUCUCCAACGGUAACGUCAUGCGCCCCAUGGCUCAGUGGAACCAGGGUGAGCCCAAGAACCAGUACUCUCCUCUUAAGCCCUUCACCAAGGACUCUGCCGGUAACUACUUCACCUCAGUUGAUGUUAAGGAGACCCGCACCCUUGGAUACUACUACCCUGAGACCAGCGACCGUUCCUACCAGCAGGUGGCUCGCGCCGUUACUCAGCUUUACGGCGCCGGUCAGAGGACACUUACCAAGCGUGGUGACGACGAGUCGGAGACUGGCCAGUACCUUGGACGUCCUAUCAAGGAGGGUGACUACCACACUGUUCUUUCCGUUAUCGCCGACAAGUACGCUCUCAAGGGAUCUUACACUGUCCACUGCUUUGUUGGCAAGCCCGGCAACAACUCUACUUCGAACUCCACUGCGCCUUACCCAGUUGCAAACUCGACCGCUUCUGCUGUUGUUCCUAUCAGCACUGGUACCUCUCCAUACAGCAACAGCACCGCCGAUGCCGACUACGACCCGUCUACCGACUACACUCAGGACCCCAACUACGUUGGUUCCUACGGUAUUCUCGGUGGAAUGAUGCAAGGUGGUGGUAACGCUUCCCAGUCUGUCAUGACUGAGGGUGCUCUCCCUCUUACUACCUGCCUCCAAGGAAAGGAAGCUGCUGGUGAGCUCGAGUCGCUCCGUCCCGAACACAUUGAGUCCUACCUCAAGGAGAACCUCUACUACAAGGUUGUUGGUGUUGACGGUGAGCUUAACGCGGACGACAUCCCCAACCUUCACAUCAGCGUCAAGUGCAACAAGGCCAAGCCUGCUGCUUCUGACGAUGAGCUUCCUGACCUGAGCGCUCCUUACGAGGUUCUCGAGAGCGUCACUGCUCACCUUCCUGCUGGAAAGCCCUUCAAGUACGUCCCCAGCGCGCUCGACAUCCCUCUGCCAGACGGCGAUGAGUACAACGAGCCCAGCAGCGACGGCUCGAUGCCCCAGAGCCCCUCCAAUGGUGUCUUCCCCUACCCAUCUAUGCCUUGGGAGGAGCAGGGCUACUGUGUCACCAAGCAGACCAUCGAGUACGUUGACGAGUCUGGUAACUUCCUGUACUCUGAGAUGUAA